AGCAAUAUGAAGAAUUAUGUGAAAUGCACCUUAACCUAAUGAAAGAAAUGGAGAUAGAACUUGUAACGGAGGAUAAUCAUAAUAUGGAAGAUGAUAAUAUUGAGCAGUUUGCAGCUUCAAUUAGUAAUCCAGUAGAUAAUGUGAAUAAGGAAGGUUUUAAUGACGUGGUCAACCAUAGUCAUCAUGAAAAUAGGUUUCGGCAUUGUGGUGUUUGUGGUCAAAUAGGCUACAAUGCUCGUACAUGUAAUUUGGAUAGUUCAAGCAAACAGAUAAACAAUUUAAUUCUGGAAAGCCAUAAUCGUGAAAAUGAAAGUAGAUUACCAUUACCAUUACCGUUACCAAUUGCAAAUAAAAAUGAUGGAGAUUUAAAUUUAAUAAGUUCAGUUGAUAAGGAUCUUGCCAACAAUAAGUCUUGCCGCUGUGGUAUUUGUAGACAAAUAGGUCAUAAUGCUCGUACAUGUGAUGCUAAAAGGUAG